AUGGCCACUCAGUCCAUACCUGAAGACUGCGCACAAUCCACGAUGUCAGAACAAGCCGAAGAUCCUCCGGAAUAUCACACCAUUCAGCGCCCGAGGGCUCUCAUUGAAUGCAUACAGACCCCAUCUGCCCCUCUCCGUAAGCCAUUUUUACAAUCUCUAAGGCCAGCUUUUUCUUUAUCACUAAUGCAAUCUCCUUUAGCCCCGAGCGGCUCAUCUCAGGCAUUCAAAGUCAACGGAAUGAUCUACGUGGCAGGCCAAAUAGGGGCCUUGCCUAGUGGCGUCCUUGUUACCGGACAAACUGCAACCGUGGAACGAAUUUUCCGCAAUAUCGAGGCGAUCCUGAAGGCGGCUGGUUCGAGUUGGGACAGGGUCAUUAAAACUACGGUUUAUUUUAAAGAAUAUGUUCACGGAAAAGGGAAAUUCGAGGCUCACUAUCAACGGGUGCUCCCCUUUGCACCACCACGAACUACUAUUGUGGUUCCAAGGAUUGAAUCAAAGGGGGUUAUUACAAGCGCAGAGAUACAAAUGGAGGUUAUAGCAGUGGAGUAG